AUGGUUCGGUUGCCGUGUUGUGAGAAAGUUGGGCUGAAGAAAGGGCCAUGGACUCCUGAAGAGGACCAGAAGCUCUUGGCUCACAUUGAGAAGCACGGCCAUGGAAGCUGGCGAGCCCUCCCACUCAGAGCUGGCCUCCAAAGAUGUGGCAAGAGCUGUAGGCUGAGGUGGACCAACUACCUGAGACCAGACAUCAAAAGAGGAAAGUUCAGUCUCCAAGAAGAGCAAACAAUCAUCCAACUACAUGCUCUUCUCGGAAACAGGUGGGCAGCUAUUGCAACCCAUUUGGACAAGAGAACAGACAACGAGAUAAAAAACCACUGGAACACUCACCUGAGGAAGAGGCUGGAGAGGAUGGGAAUCGACCCAACCACCCACAAGCCCAGGAAUGGCCGCUACAACACCUCCAAAGAAGCCGCCACCCUGAGCCACAUGGCACAGUGGGAGAGCGCCCGCCUCGAAGCCGAGGCCAGGCUGGUCCGUCAAUCCAACCCAGCCGCACACAACAAACCACCACCUCUUCGUUCGACAACAUUCUCAAACAGCAGCAGACCGCGAUGUCUGGACGUGCUCAGAGCAUGGCAAGGCCUAGUCGCCGCCGACAAGGGCCCCUCCCUCGAGUCCCCUACCUCCAUUCUCAACUUCCCGCCGCCGCCAGCUGCUACUACGGUUAUUGCUAGUGCUCAUUCAAACGUGGACGAGCUCAUAAUGCCGUGUGGCAUUGUUUGGAGCCCCAUGGUUCCUAGUUAUGAAGGGGAGGGUGAGUCAAUGGGGAACAUGGGCGGAGGAGGGAUUUCAGACGUGGUAUUGGGUGUUGUGUCUAAAAGUUCUGGUCACCAGAACCUACGACCGCCGACGAUGUUGCCGGUUGCCGGAGAUGACAAUGCAACCUUUGGUGACGUGGGAGGGAGCAUUGAGGGCGAGAGCACUAGUAGUUACUGGAACGGCUUGCUUAAUAGUUUAGUCUACGAUGAUGAUGCUUCUUCACCUAGCGGCCACGGCCACCAUGGUUUUUGA